AUGGCGACAUUCCAUGGCCUCAACUCCCUCUGGGAUCUCUCGCAGGCCUCAGCUUUCUCCCAGUUACCCGACGACGACUUCCUCGCCCUCCUCCAAAAGCAGUUCGCAUCCUCCGUAAACGACCCAAACGCACCCCUCGACACAGGCGUAGACCCACAGUCCAUCCAGCAGCUCCCCCUCCCAAACCUCACUCCCCCCUCGGAAGACAGCAGCCCCAGUCCAUCCAGCAUCAACAACGGUUCCCUAUCAAGAAGGCAGUCUGCCCACUUUCGUGCAAACGACAACGACGACGCCCGUCUCAAACGCAAGGCCAGCGAUGAUGACGACAUGGGUGAGGGCCCUAGCUCCAAGAAUCAGCAUAUCGACAAUAUGACUGCCUCCAAAAAGGGGUCCAUUGGCCCAGCAAGGCGCAAGUCAACGGGCAACUCUCAAGACGAGUCCCGCUUGCUCAAACGCAAGGAGCAGAACCGUGCCGCACAACGGGCUUUCCGCGAGCGUAAAGAAAAACAUGUCAAAGACCUCGAAGACAAGGUCGCAGCCCUCGAAGCAAAGAACGAACAGGCCCAAUCGGAAAACGAGAAUCUCAAGGAUUUGCUUUCGAGAUUGCAGAAUGAAAAUCUCGCUCUCAAAAAUGCUGCUUUCACAUUCUCAGUACCAAAACCUGGCGAGAGCUCAAAUCCGCAGUCGUCCUCACCCGGUUCUUCAUCAGGAAUAUCCCAAUCUCCUUUCAACAACCUUUUCAGCUCAAACGCAUCCUCCGCUUCUCCACCCGCAAUACCUCCGCAGCAGACUUCUUCACCAAAGCCCAUGUCCUUUGGCGAUGUCGACUGGAAUUCACUCACCACCUUUGAUCCCUCCAUGCUUAACCUCCUCGACGACAAUUCUCAACAAACUGCGACAGACGCAAUGCAGAUGGACUUGUCGGGCCAGUACUCACUUCCGCCUCCAACCCACUACAAGACGCUGGCGACCAACCCCCUAUUCAUGUCGUUUGCGGAUGUCGACGGGCCUAAUAACGAUACCAACCCCAACAACAACAACAAUCCAUUCAACUUUAGUUUCCAAUCAAAUAACCCCUGGUCGCCCCAAUCGCAGCGAGAAGCGCCUUCACAUGAGCACAGCCUGGAUGAACUAUUUGGCGGGAACUAUUUGGGCAAUCAGGGCCCGCUUGAUUUCAACGCGCUGUUGAAGAGUCCGUCGGGGCUGAGCCCCAUAUCGCAUGGUGUCAACGGGAACAGCAACGGCAAUGGCCACUCACCCAUGUCCCAGAUCACGAUGUCUUCGCCCUCUUUGACUAACAACGGCCACAGUCCAUUUAGCUGGACGAUGUCCUCGAGGGCCGACGAGACCCCUCCAUCUGCGCCCAGCUCUGAUUCUGACCGUCCGUAUUCGCAUUCAAAUGCCAAUGGCAACGCCAACGGGGCAGUCUCCGACUCUAGCCGUUCACACUCACAUUCCCACCUACACUCCCACCCGCAUUCCAAUCCUCCAUGUACGAUCUCCAAGGCUGAUUUGGCGAAACAGAUCGAGGCGGAGGGAGACUCGCCGUUUACGAAUGCGGCUCCUCCGCCGGCGCUCCGGAAAGCGAGCGAUUCGUUCCAGGGGAAUAUGAUUGCGUGUAAGGGUGCCAAUUUCCCGAUGACGGAGGAGAAUGACCAUAAUAUUGAGGUGUUGAGUGCGUGGAGACGGAUUACGUCGGAUCCGCAGUACAAGGUGCGUUUCCAUUUCCCUUUUGCUUUCGUCUCACCAUUGUUUUCCUUUAUCACCAUACCGAAAGCUGACGAUGACGAUCGCUCUUUUCAGGACGUUGAUAUCAAUCAUCUAUGUUCAGAGUUUACGAACAAGGCUAAAUGUGACGGCACGAAGGUCGUGUUGGAGCCCCAAGGUGUGCAUCAUAUCAUGGAGUCUUUGCUCUCGAAGCAGCCACGACAGUCGUAG